AUGGGAGCGUGCAAGAGCAAGUCGCGGGCGAAGCGCCCGGAGGAGGCUGCGGCCGCUGCAGGAGCAGCAGCAGAAGGAGCAGCAGGAGAAGGAGCAGCAGGAGAAGGAGCAGGAGGAGGAGGAGGUUGGGUGUCGCGGGAAGAAGAGGCGUCGUCGCCGGCGGGCUCCGCGGCGCGCUCCGGAGCAGCAGCGGGGGAGUCCCGCAGCAGCAGCACCGCGUCGCCCUCCGCCUCCGCCUCCGCCUCCGGAGCAGCAGCGCCCGGAGGGGCGGCCCCGGCGGGCGCGGGCGACGCGGAGCCGGCCCGAAGCCCGUCCGGCGCAGCAGCAGCAGCAGCAGCAGCAGCAGCAGCAGCAGCAGGAGCAGCAGGAGCAGCAGCGGGCAACGCGGGGGAGGAGCUGGUGGCGCGGCCGCUGAUAACGCUCUCGAACGGCGUGACCUACGCGGGCCAGUGGCUGGGCAGCCUGAAGCACGGCUACGGCGUGCAGGAGUGGCCCGACGGCGCGCGGUACGUGGGGGAGUGGGCGUUCGGGUGCGCAGAGGGCCACGGCGUGUUCACGCACGCGGACGGAGACUUCUACGACGGAGAGUGGCGGGGAGACAAGGCGAACGGGUUCGGAGUGUACAGACACGCGGACGGGAGCGAGUACCGCGGGGGCUGGAAGGAGGACAAGAAGCACGGCGUCGCUCGCGAGCGGUGGGCGGACGGGUCGCACUUCGAGGGCGUCUACUGCGAGGGCAAGAAGCAGGGCAAGGGCACCUUCACGUGGCCGGAGGGCUCGCGCUACUCCGGCGAGUUCCGCGACAACGAAAUCCACGGCGACGGCAAGUACGUCUGGGCCGACGGCCGCAGCUACUGCGGCCAGUGGCGCCAAAACCGCAUGCACGGCGCCGGCGCCUUCACCUGGCCCGACGGCCGCAAGUACGUUGGCCAGUACUUCGCCGACAAGAAGGACGGCGCCGGCGCUUUUUUUUGGCCCGACGGCCGCGCCUUCGAGGGGCGCUGGCGCCGCGGCCGCCAGCACGGGCUCGGCCGUUUCACGGCGCGCACUGGCGAGGCCAGGCGCGGCCUCUGGCGCGACGGCCGCCGCCUGGCUUGGCUCGAGGACGCGCAGCAGCUGCAGCGCCUCCGCGCCGCCCACCCCGAGCUCUUCGCCGACGCCGACGCUGCGCAGCAGCCGCAGCAGCAGCAGCCGCAGCAGCAGCAGCAGCUGGAGCAGCUGGAGCAGCUGGAGCAGCUGGAGCAGCUGGAGCCGGGGGCGGGGGCGGGGGCGGAGGGCCGCCGCAGUGGCGACGCCAGUGGUGACGCCGACGAUAACGCCGGCAGCAGCAGCAGGCAGGAAGCUGCAGCGGCAGCUGUUGCGGGGUGA